UUUCAUUAUCGUCAUUUAAAAUGCUCUUCGUAUUCGUGACGAGAUAAGAAGUUUACUAACGAUUGACACACUGUUGGUCAUCAAGGCUAAACAUUCUGACCGGAUUUCACAAACGUGACGAGACAGAAUGCUAAACAUUUUAGUUUUUCUCUGCAUUCUUGAAGGAGCCGUGUCACUCGGCCCUCGGUGUCUAAGCUGUAGCGGUGUGCCCAUCCUAACAGACUGUAACAAUAUAGUGGAGUGUGGGAAUGGAGAGGGAUGCUUUACACGAAAAGUAACCACAGACGUUGGGACUAUUGUUUACGAAGCAGGUUGCAUCAGUAUGCAAGUUUGUAAUAUUCUGAACGUUCUCGGUAAAAAUUCCGGAUUGGGCAAAAGAGACAUUACAAAUUGUUACGAGUGUUGCUCAGGUGGAAACCACACUGACGCCGGAAGUAUCCCCUGUAAUACACACCUGUGUGGAAUAGGUGAUAGACCGGAAGAGAAAUGUUACCAAUGCGGGGGUGUACUAGAUCCUUUAGACUGUAGAACUACUGGGUACUGCAACCAGGACGAGGAAUGUUUUACAGAGAAAAAGACUGAUCACGCCACAGGAGAAGUUCGAUUUCACCUGGGAUGCCAGAACAAGCGGGUAUGUGCGUCCCUAGCUCUCUACCCCUCUCUACCACAUUCUGGCAGUUGUAACGAGUGUUGUGAUCACGAUUACUGCAAUAUAGGACUCUGUGGUCUGGCUCUAUUAGGUAAACCUCACUUUAUAACGAAGCCGGAUAAUUUCACGGUAGACCCAGCCACCACCGUCACACUAAGGUGUGCGGCGGAUCCAAAGACCAACGCUACCAUUAAAUGGUCAUUUGAACCGCUGGUGAAUGGUGUUUCAACUUCUCCGAAUGGUAUUACACUCAGUAAUCAACCUUCUUUGACACUGUCAGCGGAUGUGACGUCUUUCGGCACGUACACGUGUACUGCUACAAAUAUGAAUGGUUUUAUAACAGCUCAAGGAUACAUUCAUCCGAAAUUUCAUAGUACAACUACAACGAUCCCGCCCCCUACUACAACGACCACGCCUACAACUACAACGACCACGCCUAUCCCUACAACGACCACGCCCACAACAACUAUAACCACGCCCACCACCACAACAACCACGCCCACUACCACUACGACCACGCCCACCACCACCACAGCCCUGCCUACGACGUCUUGUACACACGGUUGUUGUGACAAAGACCCCCGUUGUAAUGAUUUUUCUUUCGUAUCAACGGCCUGUCUUGAUCCCUCUAGGGGUCAUCUUUGUGAGAAAACUUGUGGACUAUGCUCUCACACACCUGCACAUACAACAAAACCUGCAUGUGUUGAUACAGAUCCGAGAUGUACUGAUUUUAGCUUUGUGGCCUUUGCUUGUUUAGACAAUCAACAAGCUAAGAUAUGCCCAAAAGUAUGUAAACUUUGCUAG